AUGCAGCAUGGCAUCAUUCAGGGGCCCCAAACGGGGGCCCCCGGGGCCCCCGGGGCCCCCGGGGCCCCCGGGGCCCCCGGGGGCCCCCCCUGUACCCUUUUCUCUUUCGGCCCGUCUUUCGGAGAUGUUCGAGGCCUUCGCCAGCACCAUCUGCAGCAUUCGACGUGCUGCAGCAGCAGCAGCAGCAGAAGCGGCAGCAGCACCACCCAUACACGCGCUGCAGCAGCAGCAGCAGCAGCAGCAGCAGCAGCAGCAGCAGCAGCAGCAGCAGCAGCGGGCGCUGCGGCGGUGAAGGCAGCUGCGGACGCCGCGGAGGCGCUCAGCUGCGCAGAUGAGCUGCCAGCAGCAGCAGCAGCAGCAGCAACUGCAGCAACUGCAGCAGCAGCAGCAGCAGCAGCAGCAGCAGCAACUGCAGCAGCAGCAGCAGCAACGCAGCCAAGGAAGACACGGAAGCAAGGAGACACUUCUCCGAGCGGGCGCACCGAGUCCCAUCCUUCGGAAGCGCGCGUCGACGGCGACCAUCAGCACAUCAGCAGAUCCCCUUUUCAUUUCUGCUGCUGCAACAACUCCCACCACCCCCCCGCUGCUGCUGCUGCUGCUGCUGCUGCUGCUGCUGCUGCUGCUGCUGCUGCUGCUGCUGGCAGGGGCCUCCUUCGCCACCACGCACAUCUCGAAAAAGUGCCGCGCACGGCUAAAAGCCCUCAUAGUAGAGGGCCCAUACUUAACAGGGUACUCUGGGGUUCGCAGCAGCAGCUGGCGGAUGUCUUCGAGGUCGCUGGGGCUGCAGUCCUCAAUAACAUACUGGGGGGCCCCCCGGGGGGCCCCACAGAGUGUCCAGAGCUGCUGCGGGGGGCCCCUCAGAGGAGGACACGCCCGCAGGGGCCCCCAGCAGCAGCGGCAGCAGCAGCAAAGGCAGCAGCAGCAGCAGCGGCGAACACCCGGGGCCCCAGGAGCGGCACAGGGGGCCCCCAAGGGCCCCCAAGACCCGGGAGACAACCCGGGAGGGCCCCGGGGCCCCCCAAAGCCCCCGGGGGGCCCCCCGGGCGGGCGAGCUGCAUGCACGGGAGCGGCUAG